GCCGCUGGUGGAUUCGCCGCCGCUCGCCGAGCCACCGCCACCGCCACCCACCGGAGCAGGAGGAGGAGAGGCGGCCGGGAGGUGACCAUCCAGCAAGGCCUCUCGCGUCGCGGGUUUUCUCCGGCCCCGAGGUCGGCGAGUGGGGGUGGGAGAGAGGAAGCGGCGGCGGCGGAGCCCGCCAUGGCGGUCCCCCUCGUGCUCGUCGUGCUCCCCCUCGGGCUCCUCUUCCUCCUCUCCGGCCUCAUCGUCAACGCCAUCCAGGCCGUCCUAUUUCUGUCGAUAAGGCCAUUCUCGAAGAACUUGUACAGGCGGAUCAACAGAUUCUUGGCUGAGCUGUUGUGGCUUCAGCUGGUCUGGCUUGUGGAUUGGUGGGCAGGCGUUAAGAUACAACUGCAUGCUGAUGACGAAACCUACAAGUCAAUGGGUACUGAGCAUGCACUCGUCAUAUCAAAUCAUCGGAGCGAUAUUGAUUGGCUUAUUGGGUGGAUUUUGGCACAGCGCUCAGGAUGCCUUGGAAGUACACUUGCUGUUAUGAAGAAGUCAUCGAAAUUCCUUCCGGUUAUAGGCUGGUCCAUGUGGUUUGCCGAAUACCUCUUUUUGGAGAGGAGCUGGGCAAAAGAUGAAAAGACACUGAAAUGGGGUCUCCAAAGGUUGAAGGACUUCCCCAGACCAUUUUGGCUAGCCCUUUUUGUUGAGGGUACUCGCUUUACUCCAGCAAAGCUUCUAGCAGCUCAGGAGUAUGCUGCUUCACAGAGCCUGCCAGCACCCAGAAAUGUAUUGAUUCCACGUACAAAGGGAUUUGUAUCAGCUGUAAGUAUUAUGCGUGAUUUUGUUCCAGCUAUUUAUGAUACAACAGUAAUUAUUCCAAAAGAUUCACCUCAGCCAACAAUGCUACGGAUUUUGAAAGGACAAUCUUCAGUGGUACAUGUUCGCAUGAAACGCCAUGCAAUGAGUGAGAUGCCGAAGUCAGAGGAUGAUGUUUCAAAAUGGUGCAAAGACAUCUUUGUAGCGAAGGAUGCAUUAUUGGAUAAGCAUUUGGCAACAGGAACUUUUGAUGAGGAGAUUAGACCAAUUGGCCGGCCAAUAAAAUCAUUGCUGGUGACCUUGUUUUGGUCAUGCCUCCUUUUGUAUGGCGCCAUCAAGCUCUUCCUCUGGACUCAACUCCUGUCAACAUGGAAAGGAGUAGGGUUUACGGUCCUUGGGCUCGCACUGGUGACGGCGGUCAUGCAUGUCUUCAUCAUGUUCUCGCAGUCGGAGCGAUCAAGCUCGGCCAAGGCAGCUCGGAACCGUGUCAAGAAAGAUUGAAACAGAUUUCCAUAGUCUGCCUCCUAUCAAUGGGAACUGCUAAUUCAUUGGGUAUUGAAUUCAUGUAGGCACCAAAGUUGAGGGCGUCUAAUCUUUUACCGUACAAUGCACCAAAAGGGGUUUGGGUUUACAGAAUAGAAUGCCUGAAUGAAUUAGAGAAUGUAGCAGAUUUGGUGAACUAGCAACUCUGAGCUCAGUUGUGCUGUAUUUUCAGAGAAUUGCUUUUGACAGAGCAGGAAUUGUACUAGUAUUUAUUGGAACUUCUACAUCAGUCUGGAUUUGUUCAAGAAGACCUUUAGUGGUUUCUUUAUCAGUGAAACUUAUAUCUUGUCUCCACCUGUAUAUGUUUUCUCAGUCAACCAUGAUUGCUACCAAAAUAGAGAAAAAGAUGCCA